AGGCCACCGAAAAAAGUUUUUAAGCACUAAAAGUGAAACCAUAAAGCAACGAUCAACAAAAUACAUACAGAGAUAGUGAGUGCCCAGAAAAAGUGUGCGGUAAAUGAUGAAAAUUGAAGAAAUGUGAGUAGUUGGCGGUGAAAAAAAGUUAUAAAGUGUUCAGUGAAUGUAGAUGGUGAGGUUGGUGGCACGAAUGCAGGCGGACGGCCUCAGCAGCCGGCAAGUCAAUGACAUCGCCGGCGAAUACGGUGCUGUUUCUGGCACUUGCUUGCUCGAGUUUCAAACUAACUUCCACAGUAGCUGAUUAUGAUGACAAUCAUAUAAUUAGUAACACAAUGAAGAUGGAAAGGACCAAACCAAACAUAUAUGACGAAAUUUAUACUGAUAACAUUUUAGAAACAAAUUUUAAUAUACAUAAAGAAAAAUUAAAAUUAAGAAAUAAUAAUGUUAAAUAUAAUGUAAAUAAAAGGAAUGCCGUAGCCCUUAAUAAAAACACAAAUGAGAGUGAUAAUGUAAAUAUUAAAAACAAUAUUAAUUUUAAUAGUAGCGAAAAAGUAGACAGUGAAAAUGUUAAACGAAAUAACGGGUUUGAAAUCUAUUUACCCAAAAGAAGAGUUAAAAGAGAAGAAGAUCCAGACCCGAAAUGCGAAUAUUUUAUGUUUAAUAAUAAUAAUAAGGAUCAGAAAUAUAUUUCGCAUCCCUAUGGUGAUGACAGUAAAAAUAAUUAUUAUUACAGCAAUUUGGAUUGUGUCACUGUUAUAAGUGGCGAUGAAGGGAAAGUAGUCGAAUUGACGUUUGUUGAUAUGUUUCAUAUUGAAUAUCAUCCGCAGUGCACUUACGACUAUUUAGAAAUUCGUGACGGUCCGAGGGGCUAUUCUAAACUAAUAGAUAAGGUGUGUGGGGAGGCAUUCCCACGACAAAUACGUACGACUGGACCGAAUGCGUGGCUGAAAUUUCACUCCGAUGACACAAUAGAGUACGAAGGGUUCAGAAUAGCAAUCAAUUUUAUCGAAUUAAGUACUAGUGUCAGUAUACCAGACGAAUGUAAUAUGGUGGAAACAGCGAGGUUCGGCACCAUAGACACGCAAAAAAUCAGCGAUAAGUGCAAAGCGAGCAGUUCUAAUCAAAAUCUUGAUGUUCUGUGGACCAUAAAAACUCCGGAAAAUACCAAGAUUUACCUCAACUUCACCCAAUACUCAUUAGUUAAACCCAACGAAUGUGAGGACAAUGUGGUUCAGGUGUUCGGAUAUAUAUUGGAAUAUGAAUCAAGACUUGCACACUACUGUGGUUCAGUAGCCAAUCCGGUGACUACUAAAGGCGACGGGACUAAGGGCAAAGGAGAUCGUGGCAAUAUUAUGUAUGUUCGUCUGUUCACCUCCAAGGCAGGCAAGAAGUCAUCCUUCCAAGCUACAUACACUGCGUAUAGAAGUCUGGAUCCGACUAAGGAUGAGAAAUGCGACCCAGACACAGAGUUCAACUGUGAAGAUAACACAUGUAUAGACAAGUUGUUAAAAUGUGACAAAGUAGCGCACUGUCGACUGAAAGCGGACGAGGAACACGACGACUGCAAGAUGGAAGCCGAGUCAACGAUAAAGCAGACACACAUCUUGGUGAUUCUCAUCAUAUUUUCUCUCAUCCUCUCUGGAAUGACGUUUGUGUUCCUGUUCAAGUGUAUUCGGAAGCUGUAUGAGGACCAUAAAAUCAUCAAGGAGCACAUCCGCCAAUCCUGUGAAGACCGACUGGAUAGCCUGGUAACCAGUCGCUUAACCCUCGAUGCAAAACGUCUUCAGCGGGAUAGUGAACCCAGGGCCAGUCUGGAGAGGGAUAAUCACACCAAUGAAAUGUUCAAGCAACAGAGAAAAUUCUCACAACAGAAGAUAAGACCAACCAGUAUCGACUCCGACUUCAUCCAAGAAACCCACCUCGACAUGGAAGACGAACCUUGGAGACGAGAUGUAGAAACGGAGACGGAAGAAGUGAAAAUAGAACGCAACGGAAAGAGACGGAGUGAUAUAAGCCGAAGGGAGGAGUCGCUGAGGAAAAGAGAGGAGUCCAAGAUGAGGGAAGAGGAGAGAAAAAGAGAGAUAAGAGAUGUAUCUGUCGGUGCUCCAGAUACAAAGGAAUCUGCCUGCCAGACCAGAGAGAGUUUGUUUCAAGCCGAAACGGCUUUAAGUUCAGACGGUUCUGGAACGACAAAUAGCAGAGGCUUUUCAACGUUCGGUUAUUCCGGGGCUACGAUAGCUAGGCCUUCGCCCCCGGCGCCUACUAAUACGUCACAGAUUACAAUAGAGCUUCUCAGACAGGCCACACCUCAAGAAACCAAAUUACCAAAGAAAAUCAACGACCGCCGUCCAAUGAGCACAGAGACCACGCGAUCCGCGCCUGACGUCAUCAUAGUCUCAAAACCGCUUCGCUGAGGAUGACCGUCGGGGCCCCACUCCGGGGCCCCGACACCCCCCUGGUACUUCCCCCCGCAGGAAGCCCGCACCUGCCCCGAGGGACAGCCCUGCCAGAGUGCGUUUGACAUUUGUGACGGUUAUUAUAGCCAGUACUUCAACGACGGACCAAUGUACGAAUAUUGCCUCAAUAGUGAUUGCAAAUCGAAAACACUGCCACGUAAUUUUUCAUCUGUAGAUUGUAAGAGGAAUAGAAGUGUGUGUUUCUAUGGUGUGGACGAUACGCCUAGGAAGAAGACGUUUGUGGUUCGCGCGGACAUCGAACCUAGAUAACAAUAGAUUAAGAUGAUGCCACGAGUGUUUGGUUACUGAACUGAACGAAAUUAUUGUCUGAUUCGUCGUAUUGUAUAAAGCCAAUUUCAUUUCUAUGAAUAAGUUUGAUUGUAACUCAAAUAUAAUAAUUGUAUUCCUUUCAAAUAAAACUAUUGAAAGGGUAAAUAUUUAUUA